AUGGCCAAGAAUGGUGAUGGUGGUCGUUCCGGUCUCCCCGGAACGCACGACGCGGUUCCCCGAGGCCGUAGUCGCUCCCCGGUACGGAGAAACCGGUCGAACUCCGCCCCUUGCGAACGGACACUUCUGUCACUUCAACAGCCUUCUCUGGCCGAGGACCGAACAUCAGGCACAGAAGUGUAUGACGUAAGUCAGACCAGUGAUCCAAUGAAUUGUGAUGAAUCACUGGACCAAGAUAUGGGGGACCCUUUCACACUGGUGACUUACAAGAAAAAUAGGCCUCAAGGCAUCCCUGUAUUGUUCAAGCCAGUUGACCCUGGAAAGUCGUUUUGGAAAGUCAAUCCCAACGUGGUAGCGAAGACUAUUCGCUCUGCGGCCCAGGAAUCAAUUCUCCGUCAUCGUGUCAACGCUGAUGGCUCCAUGUGCAUCUUCGUCCAGACGGAAGGGGCAGUGUCUAAUCUGAUGACCCUUAGUGAAGUGGCUGGGGUGGCAGUUACUGUCACCAUCCCCUCCUCAUACGUUAAUAACAUGGGGAAAAUCUAUGACGUCCCACUGGAGUAUACCGACGAGGAACUCACCUCGUAUUUGGGAGAGGAUGGCGUCAUAGCCGCUCGGCGUCAAGUGCGGCAUGUCUCUCAUGAAGAUGGGUCGGACCAGUACAUCCCCCUUCGAAAUGUCAUAUUGACCUUCAAGUCCAACAGAAGGAUACCUGAGGAAGUUAAGUUUGGCUUCUCAACGCAUAAGGUGCAUGAGUAUGUGGAAGGUCCAGUGCAAUGCUAUCACUGCCAGAGGUUCGGUCAUCUUGCUCGAAGCUGUCGAUGGCCACUACGGUGCAAGUUCUGCUCUCAGCCGCACACGCUCAAGGAAUGUACAGCGCGGCGCCAACCGAAAUGUGCAAACUGCGAGGGACCGCAUGCUGCAUCGCAUUCUUUAUGUCCCCGGAAGAGGGCAGCUACAAGGCGCUUUCAGGCUCGUGUUUUGACCAACACCCCUUCCCCUUCCCCUGGGAUCAGGAAGGCACGACGUAGUGCACAAACGGACGGAGGUUCAACUUUAGGUCUCCAGGCGGCCAAAAGUGAUGGUCGACCACAAACUACUGCGAGAUCCCAAAGGGCACCUCAGCAGGUCUCAAAACCAACAGUCAAAACCCCCAAACCACAAGCAUUUAAGCCUCAACCGAGUAGGCAUGUGCGGCUCCUAGAUAGUCAGCAUGACAUCCCUAAUGCUACCACUCCUCUCCGUGCAACUUUCGCGGCCGCAGUGCGAGGUCCAAGGAAGACCGACGAGACUCUGCCAGCAGCGCCUCGACGGCUGAAAUGGCACUCCCCCCAGUCUUCGAAUGACUCCUGUGUCAUCAUCCCCUUAGUUAUUGCUGCUAUGAAGGCCAUUGUUGCUUGUUGCCCUGAGGCUGCGCGGUUGCCCGAAGUCAAGGCCCUUCUAGAGAUUGACAGCCUUUUCCUCGGUCAUGGAGCAAAUCUAUAG